CAGCCAGCGUGUGGUUUGUUUUGUUUGUUAACUAGUCAGUAACGUUUAACAAUGGCGAGUUUUCCUCUCGUGUGACGGUUUAUGGAGAUUCAUAAACGAAUGUUGCCCGACUCUUUGGUUGACAUCGGUUUGUAUUUGAGUCGCUCAAAAACACGGAUUCACCCCUGUUAGAUGAUCGGUCAGUCACACGGUUUCCAGUUUAUUAGGGAGUGGACUUCUCUGCAGUCUGAGGCGUCAUCGCAUUCAACACAUCAUCCACUGAUAAGGUUGUACCCUGACUGAGCUCUGUGUUCGUGUCAGACGCCGAGCAUGAAGAUUGUCGUACUGGGAGCCACUGGACAGACUGGCCAGUAUCUGGUCAACCAGGCGCUGCAGCAGGGCCACACUGUCACCGCCGUCGCCAGGAACCCGGGAAAACUUUCCGUGCAUCAUGACAACCUCAAGGUGGUGGAAGCCGACAUUUUCUCAGAAGACAGUCUGAAGCCUCACUUCAGCGGACAGGAUGUGGUCAUGUCCUGCCUGGGCUUCCCUCCCUCCUUCUUCUCGCCGGUGACGGGCUACAGCCGCUCCAUGAACAGCGUGGUCGGCGCCAUGCGGGAGGCCCGAGUCAACAGGAUCAUCACCAUGACCUCCUGGUACACCGAGCCCAACUCGGGGGUGCAGUCCCCUUAUCUCAUCCGCUUCCUUCUGCUGCCGAUGAUCCGAAGCGUUCUCACCAACAUGCACGAGAUGGAGCAGUUUCUGCAGAAGACCGAGGACAUCAACUGGACCGUGGUUCGUCCCCCCGGUCUCAAGAACCUGCCGGCCUCAGCUCAAGAGUUCCUGACCCACGAGGGAUACUUUGUGCCCGACGGCAGCGGCAGUGCGGCGGGGCGGGGAGACGUGGCUCGCUUCAUGCUCUCUCUGCUCAACACCAACGCCUGGGUCAAGAAGGGAGUCGCCAUCAUCACCAAAUGA